GUGCAGUAUUGGUAACAUUGCCUGCCAUCCGGCAACAAUGGGAAAACUUUAAUGAGUACAAGUUGCUGCCAAAACGGAAAGACAAGCGGCAGGCAAGCGGAUGGUCGGACGGCAGGUGUCCUUGCUGCAGCGUACUCCGCAGCCAAGUCAAACGACCUGAGCACGCCACGGGUUGCGGACGACUUUCUUGGAGUUUCGUAAGGAGAGGCGGCUCCUUCGGGGAGCUGGAACAGGAGUAAAAGUGAAAGUGCGCGAGCAAGUAGGGUCGGUGAAGAAGGAGCACCAUGAAGUCGGCACCCGAGAACACCGACGAGGGCGAGGAGGACGGCGAGGGACAGGAUCAUCACGAGGGGGAUCCUCGACCGCUGCCCUACGACUUCGAAAAGGAGCUGAUCCAAAAAUCCAACCGACACAUUCGACUGUACGAAUCCUUUGUUCCAGUGAGCCGAGUUCAUCCACUGACCCGAAAGUUCUACGCGCAGUACGAGCAGCGUCAGCCUCCGGAUCGAUUGGGCUAUCUGCGGCACACAUGGCCGGAGAAGCAGUUGGAGCGCCAGAGACAAUUGGUCCAGGCAGUUCCACUCCUGGAGUCCCAGGUUUACGGCUGGCUGCCGCUUCAAAGUGGCGAGCGGGCCGCAAAUCUGAACUUCUUGCAUGCUCCAAAACUGCGAUGCGGCAUGACUGUUCACGGGGAGCGAUUGAUAGCGGAGAGAAUUACGGCGCGACCUCCUUUCAAUGGACUUAGAUUCCUGCUCCACUAAUCUACCGAUGGGUCAGUUAGUUACUUCGAACAUGUGUAUUGCUAUCUUUUUGUUAUUAUUGUUAAUACAAUAAUA